ACAGCCGCCGCCUUCAUUCUUCCUUCAUCUCUCGCACGGCAGAAUCAGGAAAUCCGAUCGAAAUCGAUCGAUCGACAGAAAAAGCAUCUCCCUCCCCUAAAAUUUUCCCGUCGAUCAUCUCUAUCGGCUUUCACUUUUUACCAAAUCUUACGGCCAAGUCGCCAUCUUCCUCUUCCCCGACCGACCGACCUUCGGCAACCUUCCCCCAGCCGUCGUCUCCUUCGACCAACGUCCGGUCGCGUUGAAGCCAGCACCGUCGAGAGUAGCAGCCGUCGAACCCCUGUCCACGAGCAGUCUUGCUGGCGUCCGUUCACCAUCCAUCGUCGCCUCCGCAAGUUCCACGCGCAGCCGCAGCCGCCGAACGGGCGAGCCCUACCGAACGGACAGAGAGCAGUCAUUUCCGCGAACGCCGGGCAAACCGCGACCCGGAACCGCCAACCACCAGAUUUCCGGGCGACCAGACCAGGCGUCACCUACAACAUCCCCGUCAUCAUGUGGCUCAUGGAUUCUUCCCCAGAAGAGAGGGCCAUUCAUAUGCAAGGGUCAGCUGCUAGAUGUGGAUCUUUUAAGAGCAUGAUGGGCCCGGGCGGCUCUUGGAAGGUGUUGCAGCAUCAGAGGCUCGUUUCACUGCCGACAUCGCAACUGUACUUUGUGGAUUUGGUUCUUCAAAACUGCCGACCUUUGUUUAGGAUUGUUGGAUCAACAACAUUUGCCACAGCAUAAGAAUCGACCCCUUUUGAAAGUAUACAACAAACUUCAGCAGAAACAACUUCAAGCCCUCAGAAAAAGUCCUGCUCGCCCCGCAGAAAACCGACGCUGAUGCACCCUUACCUAUUAUAUCUGCCACUUUUCAAUGUACAAGACUGUUUAACUAACUUUUGGAUUCACAGGCCUGCUACAUAUGAACUAAGCCAUUUAUAUUUUGUUUAUUUGUACCACGGAAUUUAAAACAUCUAUAUAUAUGUAGAUAUUUCAAGAUUCUGUAUGCAAAAUAUUAUCCAUGGCAUAUCAUGCAGGUCACUCAUCCUUUUGUAAUCUUUUGUAAUAAAAAAUGAUAAAGUUCUUUGGGCUGGCUUGUGACUGAUAAUUUUGCUAUCUUUAGUAUCUUUUGUAAUAAGUACUGCUAAACUUUAAGCUUGUUUGG